GUUGGUUUCUCCCUCUCUGCACUGCUUUUGUGAGCGUUAUCGCUUCAUUUCUCUCCCCCUUCUGGACAGCUUCCGCUCGGCACAAAGGAGCUUCCACCCAGCUGAACCACCUGUUAACCUUUCAGCAGCCAUGUCUGCGCCAGGCGGGGCCCCGAGCCCAGCUCCCCGAAGUGGAAGUAUGGGGCCCGGUCCAGGUGGGAUGUCGAUGCCUCCUCAGCAGCCCAUGGUCAAUACCGGCCCUGUGACGCCAGGGCCCCCUGCUCCGCCGCCGCCGCCGCCAGGGGGACCGAUGUCGCAGCAAAAUCUCAAUCAAAUAGUCAUUGAUUACCUGGCCAAGAAAGGCUAUAGCCGCACAGAGGCUAUGUUGCGCAUAGAGUCGGCGCACCAAGAGAUCGAUGGCCGCCCGCCUAUGCCUCCUCUCGGCGAAGAUGCGCGUCCUAAGUACCGACUUGGAUUCGACCUGCUCAAGGCCUGGGUUGAGGACAAUUUGGAUCUCUACAAGCCUGAGCUCAGACGUGUGCUGUGGCCGCUUUUUGUCUACACUUUCAUCAACAUGGUGUCCUCAUUCAAACCUCAAGAGGCCAAACAGUUCUUUGAAAUGAACAAGAAUCACUUCUUACCAGAACAUACCGAAGAUGUUCGCGCUCUGGAACCGAUCAGUCUUCCGGAACACGUCCAGGAGAACGCCACUGCCAAGCUGUACAGAACAAACAAAUACCGCUUAGUUCUAAGCCAUCCAGCAUUCUCCAAUCUCAUGCAGUUCCUGGAGAGCAAGCAGAAAGAGGGUGGAUCUGACAUGACCGCAAUCCUGAGCAGUUAUUGUACCAUCAUCACGAAAGAGCGCACUUCCGACGACCGAUUCAGUUUCGCGGCAAUGCUCGGCCAGAAUGACGGCCCCCAAACUUUUCCCAGCGAAGAUGAGGGUAUCCCUGGCCACCACCCCGGUUCUGCUUAUACUGGAGACAACCCAAAUAUGGCCGGAACUCUGCCCAGACUAAAGCUUGGAAAGCUUCCAUUUGAAUCAACGCUGGAGACUGAUGUUCGGGGCGAGCUCGCGGACGAAGACGCGAAGCAUCCCCCCGCCCCGGGUCAAAACACUUUGAUUCAAGAGUUCGAGCAGAUGAUCAAGAAGGAGGACGACGAAGAAGCGCCUACUCGUGCCGAUAUACCUUACCCGCCAUCUACUGCUCGAGAUGUAGCGAUUGAAGUUCAGAAGGUCAAAGAGAACCGCGACAGAUUCAGGAUUGAAGGUAGAACCGGUGGAGUUGGUCCGGCCAUUAGUGUUUGCAUGUUCACUUUCCACAAUACCUAUGAUGGCGUCAACUGCUUGGACUUCUCCGAUGACCUGAUGCUCGUCGCAGCUGGUAUGCAAGAGUCUUAUAUUCGGGUCUGGAGCAUGGACGGAAAGAAGAUUCAGUCGACCUACGACAACGUGGAUGAUGCGCCCUCAAAUUCUCGCCGACUGAUUGGGCAUGCUGGACCUGUCUAUUCGGUAGCCUUUGCGCCCUCCAUCACUCGUGCCGAUAACGCCAUUGCUCCGACUAAUGCCCGUUGGCUGCUCUCCUCCUCCGCCGAUAAGACCAUCCGUCUAUGGUCUCUGGAUCUAUGGCAGUGCAUGGUAGUUUACAAGGGUCAUGACCAGCCCGUUUGGGAUCUGCAGUGGGGCCCAUUUGGUCACUACUUCGUGUCCGGUGGCCACGACAAAACAGCUCGCCUCUGGGUCACUGAUCACAUUCGUCAACAACGUAUCUUUGUCGGACAUGAGCACGAUGUCGAUUGCGUUUGCUUCCACCCUAACUCGGCAUACAUUUUCACCGGCAGCUCGGAUCACACAGUGCGCAUGUGGGCCGUAACUACGGGUAACGCGGUCCGCAUGUUCACCGGCCACACAGGCAACAUCACAGCUCUGUCGUGUAGUCGCGAUGGAAAGCUCCUGGCCUCCGCUGAUGAUCACGGAUCUAUCCUUCUUUGGGACCUGGCCCCAGGCCGACUUCUCAAGCGCAUGCGCGGCCAUGGCAAGGGUGGCAUCUGGUCGCUCAGCUGGAGCGUCGAAUCGAAUAUCCUAGUCUCUGGCGGUGCAGACGGUACGGUUCGCGUCUGGGAUAUCGCUGGUCCUGCGCAGGAUCCGGCUCAGGGCCGAGUCGUCGGCGAGGGCGGAGCAGGAACCAAGGUUGACGGCGGCAACCCCCCUGCGGCCAGCACGCAGGCCUCCAGCUCCGUCGGCCCCGGCAUGGGAAGCAAGAAGAAGGGCAAGGACGUGGUGGUGACGCCCGACCAGAUCAGCGCUUUCCCGACGAAGAAGAGUCCGGUUUACAAGGUCAAAUUCACCAACAUGAAUCUGAUCAUUGCCGGGGGUGCUUAUCUUCCUUGAGAGAGGGCGGCGGAGGAGAUGGGUGGUGUGGUGUGAAUUACAUGCACAGUGGCGCAAGAUACCCGUUUUCCUUUUCUAUUUAUUGUAUCUUCAACCUUUAUAUUACUCUCCGUCAGGAAGUCCCGUCUUCUCCCUGCUUAUAUUGCCGCAUGUGUGUUCGUUAGUGAUUGACUGGAUGAUUUGGGCGGCGUCUGGAUGGGAAACGAAACGGAUGGCUGGUGGCUUUUGGUGUUUACUUGGCCGGCAGCAUAUUUAUUUGAAUGUUGGAGCGGGAAUUGACAGAAAGGCCAGAAUAAUAUAC